AUGGCUGCUGUGAUGGGUCAUGGAGGCGACGGUGGUGACGAGCCACCACAUCCGUUCGGUGGGGGUUUUGGUGAUCACCAAAACGAUGUGGUGCUUCCGAAACGAAGAGGCAUGGCGGAUGUUGAUGUGAACGCUUUUCUUCAAAACCCGGCAUUUGUGACGGCCAUUGGAGACAUUAUUCGCUCGUUUAAAAACCAAGUCAACGAGGAAAACAACGAUGGGGAGGACGGUGGGGAAGACGGUGGGGAAGACGAAGACAACUAG